AUGAAAGGCGUCACUUCGGGAAGGCGCACAAAUAUUGAAAUAGACCUUGUGGCCAUCGUCAACGACACAAUCGGUACCCUUGUUCAAGGGGCUUUUAUGGAUAGCGGCUGCGCGAUCGGACUCAUCAUGGGCACCGGAAGCAACGGCUGCUACCUCGAGAAAACAGAAAAAGUCCAGAAGCUGGAAGCAGAGCCCGAGAGGUUGAAGGAUGCCCCCAGCGAGGUUAUCGUAAACGUCGAAUGGGGCGCUUUCGGCGACAAUGGCGUGGUCGACUUCGUCAAGACAGAGCUGGACCGGAGAGUGGACGACCAAUCACUACAUCCCGGUUCGUUCACAUUCGAAAAGCUGGUGUCGGGCGAGUUUCUGGGUGACAUCGUUCGCCAAAUGCUCGUCGAGCUCGUCAGUCGACGCGCGCUCUUGGAAGGCGACGAUACCGCACUGCAGAGGCUGACGAAACACGGCACCUUCACUGCCAUAGACAUCUCGUGGUUUCUAGAACAGAAUGACUGUCACGUUGGCGAUAUAGCUGCCCGAUUCGCAGGAAGCGCAGAACAGAUAACUAAUGAUGACAUCGCCUUACUUCGCUACGUCUGCGGCGUGAUUUCAGCGCGGGCGGCCGUGCUAGUGUCUAUCUGCCUAACGGAACUGUUGGAACGGGUUGACAAGCCGACGCCGGUGACCAUUGCAGUCGACGGUUCUUUGUACAAGUACCAUCCGACGAUGCGCGAACACAUGGACGUGCUGAUCACCGCUAUGGCGCCGGGUCGACCGUUCAAGCUCAUGUUGGCCGAUAACGGUAGUGGCAAAGGGGCGGGACUCGUAGCCGCUGUGGUGGAACGGCUGCGAUCCACGAAUACAAAAAGGUACCACUAAUUGGACUGGGUAUAACUUUACUCGUGCGUUUGAAGAAUGGACGAAGCAAUGGUGCCUUUUUCGAAACGAGCCUGUGAAUGUGUCAGCGCAACUAUACAAUUUUUGUAUUAGUCCAGAAGUUCAUGUUUUGCACACGAUCGAGUAUGAGGUACGCUCGUGUUAGAAAAUAAUAGUAACGUUUAUAGGAGCUUACCAGGACAAAAACGGUGAAAUAAAAGGCAGACAAACGAGAAAACCGCUCAUUUGUAUAGUGUCAAGUAUGCCAGACGUCCGAUGGAAGCAUAAACUCGGGAAAAAAUAAUUGUUAUAUAGCGCUCAUUAAUGCAUAUUGGUGGCGCAUAACUGCUGCUUUGAUGACGCAGGCCAAAACUAGAUUUCACUGCGCGAUAGGGCAUGCGUUAUGGAAAUAACUUUAGCAUUGUCAUUGACGGAAGAAAAACGAUUAUUUGCCAGCUGUCUUUGGUUUAUAAGCAACAAGCGGUCUAAGGCAACUAAUUAAAAAAACAAUACGGGACGGUGAUCUUUCAAAUGGCGUGAGGGCAAAUAGUCGCCUAGUCAGCAUAACCUAAUGGAGUUUUAAGACAUCUAUUGCCGUUAAGCAUGGCUCCUACCUCUGAUAGUUCGUUUCU